AUGUUAAGCUAUCGUCAUCUCAUUGAAGUUUUCGAAGUUCUACUGUUGACGGCUGGAUUCUUGGGCUCAAUCUUUGGCGUCGACGCACUGUCGAAAUGGCUUCAACAGUACCAAAUUGGUGAUGUGCAAUUGGAUAACGUCUCAUUCUCGAAAUACGUUACAUGGUUGUACUACACUACGACCACCUUUAUUUACAUAAUUGCCCUAAUUGUCAACCCGAUAGCUGUAUAUCUAACGAUGGCUAAUAAGAAGAUUGUGUGGCCGGUCAGUCGGUUCAUCGCCCUCGCCUUCGACGGACGAUAUUUCCAUCUGGCACUCAAGUUUCCGUAUCUUCAGCUAUUUCUACCGUACUCAAUAGCUCUGCUACUGCGACUGGGCAUAGAAUUUAACCUGCAAUACGGCACCUGGAUACUGUAUUGCGAGGAUUUGCUGAUCUCUCACACGGCAGCGCUUGAUAUUGCGGCCUAUCGCAAGUUGAAAAAGCAUUUCGGCAAUCUACCGCGUAGAAAAAAUUCUACAUUGCUUCUCUCAUUAAUGCUUGUUUUCGCUUCAAGCGUAUAUAUCCUCAUUAUCCUGGCGGCGCAAUUCUUUCAAACAUUGGCCCAAAUAUUCCUCGGAACUCAUCUCGCCACCCUCACGACAUUAAUGGUCGGCCCAAAUUGGACUUUUCUAUACUUGCCGUAUAAUUCG